AUGCCAGUCAAGAAGCACAACUUCACAAAAACACCCAAGUUUGGCACGGACGUGCCUCCGUACUCAGGCCUAGUCGUGACUGAGGAGAUGAAGCGGUUGAUAUUUCAACCAGGAUUUUUGAACAGAAAAAAUGGAGGGAAUAAGCUUCGAGAUCUGUAUAUGCAAAGCAGCAUGGGUUUCAAUCCCAACGAGCUUUCAGAUUUCGGUCGAGCUUGUUAUUGCGGAUCACUAGAAUGGGCACGACAGCUUAUGGAAUACGGAAAGGUUCCACCUCUCAAUGAAACCGAGUCUCCUUUUCAACUCGGGUAUGCAUCCUGCAUUGUCCUGGGCUCUCAACGAGUCGAGGGCUUCCCAGGAGGCCCACAGCCCAAUCAUCUGGGGCUCCUCAAGUUCCUCAUCCAGCGCGGGCUACCCCUCAGUAUCCCAGACAUCGUCGGUUAUACCCCUCUCCACCACAGUGUCAUGGGCGAAUCGCGUCAGGACAAGGCGCAAAUCAUUCGGGCACUGUUAGAGGGCGGAGCAGACGUUCAUUUCCAAAACCGUUGGGGCGAAUCCCCACUCCUCCCCGCCAUGGUCAGGGAGGACAUCCUGGGGAUCGAGCUCUUCAUGGAGUUUGGGGCAGACGUCAACCUCCCUGACGGUGAUGGGACGACCGCCAUGAUGUGCCAUAUCCCGAAUGGCCCGAGAGUUGCGGCUGCCAUCGACAAAUGGGUGAAGAUCCGCGCUGGCGAGAAGGGCAAGUUGACUGAGAAGAGGUGCGAUAACUGUGGUCAAGAGGGGAAGGGGCUGAAGAAAUGCGCUCGAUGUUUGACAGUUCAGUAUUGUUCCAGGGAAUGCCAGACUUCGUCCUGGAAAGCCCACAAGAAGGUCUGCGUUCCAAUGAACAAGUCGACCACUGUCACCGUUACACCGCAUUAUCCUCAGAUCCCUGGGGCUGUGAAUGUCUCGAUGUCGCCCUUCAUUCGCGGUACCGUUCUCGGCCUGCCCACGCAGGCAGUCCCAGAGACACACUUCCGGUACAGCCAUAUCCCCGAAAACAUCCCUCCCGAAGGAAAGCAGGUCGUCAUCAAAGUCCAAGUUCCUCAGCCGCUCAAGAAUCCGGACGGGACGUACAACGAGAUGCGCGUUUAUACACGAAAGCGCGACCUCGUCUGUCACAUCUUGCGUCCCACUAACGUUGCUGCCUACGACGAGCUCCUCAGGGUCAUUCUCGAGAAGGGUAUGGAGGGGAAGAAGGCUUACUUUGUUGCUGAUUUGCGAAGUCCCAAGGAGCUGGUUAUCAAAGUUUCGGAGGUUCUCGCUGCCCAACCUUGGUAAAGACGAUGAGAAAUCGAAAGAAGCUUACGAUACGUUUUAGCGCCCAAAAAUAUUUUAUCGUUUUGAUGCGUAUGCUUGUCUGCGUACAAGC